GUGUGUGUGUGUGUGUGUGCAUACAAGACCCAUUUUACCUGUCACAGCUCAUACAACUGAACGUCGACUCCUUCCGCGACAGCAAAACAUGAUCCCUUCCCCUUGCCCACUCCUUUCUUGCCUUUCUUCCCCCUUCUUUCUUCCCUUCCCUCUUCCUCUCUUAUACACUGCCUCCAUCUUUUCCCUCCCACCUUCUUUCCACAAAACAACAAAAAGCGCUCGACACCAGUUGGUGGUCCAUUGUGGAGAGGCGGGAAGGAAGGAAGAACUGAAACUGAGAUCUUGUUCCCUUUUCAACAAUUUUCACACAUCCAAUUUUAGUAAACCCCACCCUCCCCGCCUCCCUCUUCUAGUCAAUCCAUAGUUGAUAUGAUAUACCCCCUUUCUUGAUAUAUGCAAUUGUUAAAUUAUCUGAUUCUAUUAUACACCCGCAGACAAGAUUUCACUCUAUACACAUUGGUUGUUCAUUUACCUGUUAUUAUAUACUCAGUGGGUUUGGCCGUGUAUACACGGUUAUUCAUUCAAUUAUCUGAUAUUAUACAUACCGGCAUCCUACUGUUUGCAGACAACAACGGGGUUGUUGGAUUAUUUGAAUCAGCGGAAGCCAUAAACGCUUCACUCAUUUUGUGGCCGAGAUUUUGCUCUCAACAUUUCUGAUUUUUGAUGUGGAAGAAAUAAUUGGAUGCUGAUGCUGGAGAAUAACCCCAGUUUAUACGUUCAAUAUAACUUCUUACUUUCUACUAAACCCUGGGCCCUGGGGGCUGUUCCGGGGAUUGAACAACAACAGCAACAGCUUCAUUCUUAUUGACUUAAUUCCGAAGGAUAUUCUUUGUGGUCGCCGGAUAUAACAACUUCAUCUUUCAGUGUCUAAAUGGGAAAAUCAGAUAUUAACGUCUGGAACAUCUUCCUUCCAACUCCACUUUUCAUUUACUCCAUCACGACUGACCCGUGCAUAAACAACGACAAUAACAACAGCAUCAACAAGAAGGAUCUCGAAUUUCUUUACUCCUAUUAUUGUACUGGAACUUGCCACCACCACCACCACCAACAACAACAACAACAAUACUACAAGAAGCCUCAAAUUCUUCUGAUUUCAUUUGUAUUCUAAAGAAACCUUCACAGCAUCCAUCACCAGAUUUUGACUUCAUUUUCUAAUUCGUCAAUUGCUAAAACGUUUGCUUCGGGUUCCUUUGCCCCCCCCCCCCGCCUCAGUUUGUUCCUCCAUUCAUGUUAUAUUGUUUCUAAUAAGCCUUAAGCUGAUUAUUUACAUAACACGCAGUUUUCUCGUUCGGAAGAAAUUAGAACUUAAUCAAUUUUUUUCUUUUACUAAAUUUAUAAGUCAAUCUGAUGUGGAAGGUGAAAGUUUUAAUAUCAGCUGGAGAUGUUUAAAACGGGAACAAACUAUGAGGGAGAAUCACACGUUGAAUGCUGUCACCACCAAACUUUAUCAGAUUCUGAGACUGGAUUGUAACAUUCAUUUGCAGUGAACGAGGGAAAUAAAGCAGAGCAGGGAAACUGUGAGAAUUCCUCAGUUUGUACAGCUCCCAUUAAGACUUUCUGCUAAUGCUUAGAGAAAAUGUUCAGGAUUUUACAAUACAGGAAUACAAACUGAUCACAAUAACUUUCUCAAGUUUUAUCAAAAGUUUGGUAUUUAUUUUCUCUCUUACCAAUGGAAGCGCGUAUUUUUUGUUGUUAAGUUUUAAAAUUUUUAUUUGUCAUCUCUACGUUUGUCAACAUAACACAAUUGUCACCAUAACAUCAUAAGCAAUAUAAUUAUUGUUGUUAUCAUUAUAUUAUUGUCAUAGUUGCUGGUACAAUAUCUUUGUCAUAACAUCAUUGUCAACAUAAUCCCACUGUUAACAUUAAUGUUAAUAUAAACGUCGUUGUCCUGACUUGUAGCACAUAAUCAUUCUCUCUUGCAACAUCGUUCGCAUCGUAACCUCGUUGCGAAUAUAAGAAGAUUAUGAUUAUAACAGCGCGUUGCCAACAUAACAUAUUUACCAACGUAACACCACUGUCAUUAUUGUCAACUUACAAAAUUGUCAACCUAAUAACAUCGUCAAAGUAAUACAAUAGACACCAUUGUCAACAUAACACUACAGUCAACAUAUGGCCAUUGCUAUUAUCAUUGCCAACCUAAUACAUUCGUCAAUAUAACAUCAUCGUCGUCAUUGUACAAUAGCUAUUAUUAUCAACAACAAAAUUUUCAUCGUAAUUCGAUUAUCGAAAUAACGCAAUUGUCUAUGUAGCUAACAUCUUUUUCAACAUAACAUCAUCGAUUCUUCAUAAUGUUAUUGUCAUCAUUUAUACCGUAACACAAUUAUCAACAUAAAUAUCAACAAAACGCACUUGUUAGCAUAAUUGUUAGCUUAACAGAAUUGCUAAAUAACACCAUUGUCAAUAUAAGACUCGUCAACGUUGCAUUAUCCCAUAACACAACGGUCGUUUAACUACAGCCUCUGUAAUAAUAAUGCUAUCUGCACGACACCGUUGUCAUUAUAAUAUGAUUGCGCCCUCAGCCCCUGCAACAAGAACAUCUUCAAAAGGCAAAUGUUAUGACAAGAGUCUCACUAAAAGCAACAGCUGAACGACAACAACAACAAUCUAUCAAAUUUCGUUAUUUAAAAUUAAAUAAUUUGUUAUUUUUUAAGUAAAUAUUUAAUUUUCCUAAUUUUCUUGCUUGUGACAGUUCACACGUCUCCCAUUUGCGAGUUGAGACGCUCGACAUUUCUCAUUUGUAAGAUCUUCCCAUAUUUUCAGAUGAAUCGCAACCUCUACUCCCAAUCCCAAGGCUUAACUAAAAAUUAAAAGAAAACUUGAUUGGAACGGGAGAGAUAAUUAAUUUAAGAAACGUUAAUGCAAAGGAUAGAAUUAAUGCGAAUUCGAAGACCAAGUCUUCGAUGUCAGAGUUAAUAAUUUGAAAGCUUGAACAGUCGAUGUAGGGAGAAAACGAAAACAACAAAGGAAAACUGAGGGAAAUAAAACAAAAACAGAAAAACAGCAAUUUGCGUCUGGCCGUGCCAUGUCCGAAUCUGAAUUCUUAGACUGAAAUAUAAAAAUGGUGUUAAUUCACGCAAUAACCUAUAAAUGAUCAAUUGAAUUCCAAUAAAUCGGAUCGAUGGUGAUGACGAUGACGAUAUUGUAGAGAAUUAUGACGAAGCAUUUAUACUACCCGUCGGUUGUUUUAUACACCCGUCUAAAAAUAGCUUCUUGGUUUUGUUUAAUAUGCUAAGAAUAUCGAUCAUUCUCAAACCACAAAACAACAGCAACAACAACAACGGCAAAUAAUAUAACGAUAACAACAUGUACAACAACAUCAACAAAACCAAUUUAAUUGAGGAAUAGCCAUUGUUAAUUGCAACAGUGUUGUUGUAUACACACACACACACACAUAUACACAUAUACUCUCGCACAAAGAUAUAUAUAUAUAUAUAUAUAUAUAUAUGCAGGCACAUACACAUAUACAUAACAUGUAUAUAUUCUUUUAUUCUUAUACUUCUUUCAACCAUUGGACUGCGGCCAUACUGGGACAGCGCAGCCUUCAUGGGUUUUAGUCGGGAAUUAAUUUUAUCGAUAUCCAAGAAUCAAACUGCUAAGUUUACCUGAUCGCAUUUUUGCAUAAAGAGAUUCAAUUCAUAAACACCGCAAAAUAUUUUCAUUUACCGAUUUUACAUCGAUAUACCCAAACUAUACCCACACACACACAUACACACGCGCACACAAUAUACAUACAUAUACACAGACAGGCGCGCACACAUAUAUGUAAUCCUCACACGUAAUACGUGAUAUCUCACGUAUUAACCAUCAACGGUUCACAGCAACCUACGUCACACCCCGACAACAGACGAAGACGAGUGGAAAUUCGUACCUCAAAGCCACAUCAGUUCCCAGCAACGAUUAAUUGCAAACCAGGUUCAAGUUUAGAAGUCGAACGGAACAAAAUACGGAGAGCUCAACGAGGAUAAUAAUGUCAGUUGACGACUCACGUGGAAGUUACGACACAGUGAAGAGAAACAGAAGCGUGGUGGCGAUGGUGGAAGCUGAUUCCAACCAAGAAAGACUUCUCAGCAACCAGAAAAGGUUAAAGAAAGGAAAGAAAGCUGAGGGAGGAGAAAAAGGUAGAAAGAGAGGAGCAAGAAGACGACGAGGACGAAAUGAAAGAGAAGAAUAUUAUGAGGAAGAGGCAGAGGAUGGAGGAGAAAUGGAAGGAGGGGAAAUGGAAGGAGGGGAAUAUAUUGAAACUGAAGAAAACGAAGAGAAACAUGAAGAAGAAGAAGAAGAAGAAGAAGGCGAAGAAGAAGAAAGAGCUGUGAAGUCAAGAUUAGAGGAAGCAAGAUCUCGUCCGACAUUCCAUAUUCCACCACGUUCGACAAAAAUGAAAAAAGUCAAGCAGUCCUCCUCUCCCUCAAGGACGGCAGAAAGUUUGGAGGAAUAUGGCGAUGACGGCAUCCACGACCUUCGGCUCAAGAUUAACAGUCGAGAAAGACGAAGAAUGCACGAUUUGAAUGCGGCUCUUGACGGUCUUCGAGAAGUUAUGCCUUACGCUCACGGACCAUCCGUUCGCAAGUUGUCCAAGAUCGCCACACUACUUUUGGCCAAAAACUAUAUUCUUAUGCUUAACAGCUCCCUGGACGAAAUGAGAAAAAUUGUCAGCAGUUUCUACCGGACGAGAACUAUUGGAAAGAAUGGUGCUGUGAGCAGAACAACUGAUAUCACCGCCGCCGCCGCCGCCGCCGCCGCCACCAUUGCCGACCAUUUACCGUCCAAAUCUCCAUUCAUUGCUGGUCGUCCAUUGCCUGAGACUGCGAAUUCUCUUACAGUUACAAACGCUUCCACUUUGCUGUCUUUGAAUACAGCUGUUGUUCCUGCAGUUUCAACAGCAACAUUUUUAUCGAAUGGUUCUUUGGAUUCCCAGCCUACCGUUUCACCACCACCACCGUCGUCGUCAGCAGUGUCUUCCACGUCACCCGAGUCUCCUGCUCCUCCCGUUUCUACUUCACCUCUUCCUUCUGCUCCACAAUCUUUAUCUUCGACUUUUCUCGGACAAGAACAGAAGAUCGGAGACAAAACAAAGUCACCUGCUCCUUCCGUCCCGAUUAAACGAAUGGUUCCUCCUCCUCUUUUACCUCCCCCUUCUCUUCCCCCUCCCUCUUCUCUCUAUCCUCUUCCUCCUCCUUCUCCUCCUCCUCAUCAUCAUCAACAUCAGAAUUUGCACAAUCUUACUUCAUUUCAUGAUCCUCCCGCUCCUCCUAAUUAUGAUGGGUAUGAUAAUGAUCAUCACCACCGUCGUCAUCAUCAUCAUCAUCAUCAUCAACAACAGCAGCAAUCUACGGGCUGCACUCAAUUCAUUCCCAGCAUCCACGUUACAACCACUCAGCAACAACAGCGACGACGACGUCAAUACCAACAACAACACCAUUGCGCGCACUUUGUGGAAGAACAGCCUCGACAGAUGUCACCGUCACCCGACAGCACGACUAGCGUCACAACAAACACCACCGCCACCGCCGUUACCACCACCGUCGCCACCACUGCACCACCACCACCGUCACAAUUCUGUCUGACUCGGGAAACUUUCCCCGGGCUCUCACCCGUUAUAACUGUGCCCAAUGCGAACGAGGCGACGCGAUCGGACGUUUCCUUUCUUCCGUCCGCAAAGGAAUUAUCCCUGCCUGGAAGAUUAGAGCCGAACUACCUUCAUCCACAACACACGGCCCUCUUUAACAGAUUGACUUGGCCUUACACACCAUGUUCCCAUCCUCAAUGUGUUGUAGAGAUGCUCGGGUCACCAUUUUCAAUGUAUGCACCCGGCUAUACUACACCCCCGGCUCUUUUAUCCACCAGUGUGCCAAGAAAACAAUGAAUACACAUACAUGCAUACAUGCAUACAUACAGACAGACAGACAGACACACGACUACCCUGUUUGAUGAUGUCUAAAUACCAAUAAGUCUUGUUUCUUUGCAAGAAGCCAAUUCAUUCUCCAUUAGUGGGAAAUUCUAAAAAUAUAAAAAAACCCAAAUAAAACCGAAAACACACACACACACACACACACACACACACACACACACACACACACACACACACACACACACACACGCACGGACGGACGCGCACACACCCACACAUGAACGCAUGUGAGUACACAUGAGUAACAAAAUAUUUACAACAUGGUGUUAAAGUUCAGAGUAAACUGUUGUCACAUUUUGACAAACACUUUGACACUUCCUCCUUUUUUGUAAGUCUUCUGAGCUCCUCCAACUUCAACACUGUUUCAUUUGCGGGACAACAAACAUCGAAACUAAAUACUCCAUGGGAAUUAGGUCCAGUUCUCUUUUUUUUAGUUCUUCUUCUAUAAACCCCUGACAGACUCUCUGUCUCUAUAUACGUCUCACUUUAUUUGUCUCACCACAAUUAUUUCUGGUUCACAUUUCAAUGCUUCAAACAUUAAA